GAAUCAAAGUGUCCCAUAUAUUCCAGAUAAGGGAAUCUCCGCUGGUCCAUACGUCACACAACACACGUCACCGGGGGAUCUGCACGCCGAUUGGCUAUCGCGCCGCGAUUCAUUCGCUUGAGUUCAGAUAUUUCAACUCUUGCAAAUCGUUCGCGCAAAUGAAUUUGCUUCAUACGUGCGAAUGAUGCGCGCCAUUCGCGCCGCCAGACCAGUACUCGCGUCCCUGCAUUGACUUCACAUGUACUUCAUUCGUGCAAAUGAUUCUAUUGGCGUAUGGUGUGAACGCACCAUUAGAUUUCACCUUUAACACAGCCUCUGAAUAAAGGAUUUGUAUUAUAAUUAUCAUGCAAACUUCUCAAAAUAUUGCGUUAAUAUAAACAUAUCACUACGCCUAACACCAAUGCAUAUUCUUCGAUUUAAAGCUAGUCAUGGAUUUAAAAUUUAAACCCACAGUAAUAUUAUAAGUAUGCAGCUAUUGUUUAAUUAACAAUUUCCCUUCUCAUGUUAUCCCCUCCUUUCCUAAUCCAGACCAGACACCUGUACUGCAGGAUAAACCUGGCGGUUCCUGUGCUCCAGAGGUUUUUCGGUCAGGGGGAUACAAGACCUGACUUCAGGCUGAGCAGAGAGUCUCUGGCAGUGCUGCUGGACCUCCUCCAACAGGAGCGGAGACAUGGAUGGGGUGCCACAAUCGAGACCUUGGUGUUCCUCUUCUGGCUGGCAAGUGGGGCAUCAUACAGGGUGAUCUCGAGGGUGUUCGGGAUGCCUCGCUCCACUGUCCACCGCAUCGUCCAUCGAGUUACUGCGGAGGUGGUGGCCGUUCGCCACAAGGUUAUCUGCCUCCCAAAGACCGCAGAAGAUCUUGCAGCAGUAACUCAUGGGUUUGCAGGGCUGGCAAGACACGCAGCCUUCGGGAAAGCUGCAGGAGCAAUCGACGGCUGUCAUGUCAGGAUCAAGCCACCAAGUGGCCCUGAUGGUCACUGUUAUAAGAACAGAAAACUGUUUUACUCAAUAAUACUUCAGGCAGUUUGUGACCAUCAGGGCCGCUUUAUUGACACGUACGUGGGCUGGCCGGGGUCGGUGCACGACUCCAGGGUACUCCGGCACAGCCCACUGUACAGGCGGGAGAUCUACCCUCCUCCAGGGCACUUCAUCCUCGCAGAUGGUGGGUACCCCUGCCUCCAACGACCACUCCCCCUCAUCACUCCCUACAAGCGGCCGGUGCAAGGUGUGGGAGCCCAGCGCUUUAACAGCCAUCAUUCCAGGGCACGCUCUAUCAUUGAGCGUGCCUUUGGAAUGAUGAAGACCAGGUUUCGCUCCAUCUUCCUGCAAGUGCUGGAGGUGCACCACACCUCUGUGCCUCAGGUCAUAACAGCAUGUACAGUCCUGCACAACAUCUGCCUGGGGGCAGGUGACAUCAUGGCCCCAGAGGAUGAGCUGCAGGACGACAUGCCGGAGGAUGAGGGGGAGGAGUUGGAGGCCGUCAGUGGUGCUCCAUGGCGGGACCAGCUGUCUGCCCUGGAGGAGGUCAACCCUGACCACGACUAUCUUUAGUGGUGACAUGGCAGCCGUCGAUCAAGUCAGCCCUGCAAACCCAGUUGAUGGACGAUGCGGUGGACAGUGGAGGCAUGCACCUCCAAACGAUGUCCCACUGAGGCAGAAGACACCAGGGUCUUUAUUGUGGCAUCCUAUCCAGCCCAGCAGCACUGCCAGGGACUCCUGCUCAGCUAAUAACUGUACAUAUUUCAAUUUGUUGUCAUUUAUAAAUUGUACUUAAUUUCAUCUAAUCAUUUGUCUUUGUUGUGUAAUAACAUUGUCAUUUCUGCCGUACAAAUGUUCAUAUAUGUAAAUGUAUAGACUGCCCACAUGUAAAUAUUGAUCAUCGUUCUCACUGCACCUUCAAUAAAAGAGAAUAUC